AUGGAUGAUUAUGUUGAGAAUGAUGGCUUUGAUUUAAAAAAUCGUUUUACGUUGGAAGAAAUGGAAAAUAUAAUCGAAUUGGUUGAUCAACAUCCGAAUGUUAGAUUUGCAACUGUUUCCAAUCGAUUUAAAAAAAUCAAAAAUAGGAAUUAUAUUACAAGAUUUAGACAAUAUAUUGAAAAUGAUGGUAAAAGAUCAGAAAAAUUAAAACAAAUUAAAGAAUUUAUGUUUAAUGAAUUUUAUCUGAAGAGAACAAUGGAAAAAGAAGCCAUUCAUGAUGCUGAUCUUGAACUUUAUGCAAUUCAAAAAGCAAGAGAAUUAAAUUGGGAUACAUUCAAGGCCAGCAAAUCUUUUAUCAAUACUUUUAAAAGAGAAAAUAGAAUAUCGUCAAGAAGAUAUAACAAAAUUGUCACUCGAACUAAACCAAACAGUAAACUUUUAUUUGGUCUUUAA